GCGUCUCUAAAGACACUGUAUUUAUAGUCAAGACCACAUUACCAAGAGACAAUCUCCAACUGGUUGAAUCUCGUGGCGGCGGAGCACGGUUGAUGAAAUCAGAGAUGUAAUCCGACGCGCGCUCUUUGCGAUGCCAUCUCAUUCUUCAAAUAUCCGCUUCCAAUUACAACGCCACUCAAUAAUCAUGGUCGCCAUCGUCCAGUCCUCGCUCUUUCUUCUUCUCGGUCUCGCCGCUGUUUCCGACGCCGCCAACCUUCGUCAAACGAACCGCAACCUUAGUGAAAUGACAGCCGCACAGGCCAGCGCUCUACUAGCUCGUGUCAACAAGGAACGCGCUGCCCACGGCCUACCAGCACUUUGCUCGAACAAGAAGCUGCAGGCUGCAGCACUGCGUCACAUCAAGGACCAGUCCAAGACGGACUACGUGUCGGACACCGGAACCGACGACUCGACCCCGAAGCAACGUGUCACUGAUGCUGGGUACAAGUGGCAAAGCGUGGCUGAAAGUAUUGACGCAGGGAACACCAAUUCAGAUGCUGUAGUGGACUGGUGGAUGAAGGGAGCAAGCCGCGACAACGUGCUGGGUAAGUACACCAUGGCGGGCACGGCGUAUAUGUACAACGAUAACACUUACAGCAAGCACUACUGGGUGCAAGUCUACGCAACUGGAAGCUCGGAAGAAUGUGAUGCUUAG